GGCGGCCGCAGCCGCAGGAAGAUGCUGGAAGCGGGCGGGCGCGCGCCGCGUAGGUGCUGAAGGGACAGUUCCUUCGGCAGAACUUGCUCCUGAGCGCACCCGGCACGUAGGAGAUGGAGACUAUUUGGAUCUAUCAGUUCCGCCUUAUUGUGAUCGGAGACUCCACGGUGGGCAAGUCGUGCCUUCUGCACCGCUUCACCCAGGGCCGCUUCCCAGGGCUGCACUCCCCCGCCUGCGACCCCACAGUCGGCGUGGACUUCUUCUCGCGCCUGCUGGAAAUUGAGCCGGGCAAGAGGAUCAAGCUGCAGCUCUGGGACACGGCGGGGCAGGAGCGCUUCAGAUCAAUAACUCGAUCCUAUUACCGCAACUCAGUUGGAGGAUUUUUAGUGUUUGACAUUACUAACCGACGGUCUUUUGAACAUGUGAAAGAUUGGCUAGAAGAAGCAAAGAUGCAUGUACAGCCUUUUCAGAUUAUAUUUCUACUGGUGGGACAUAAAUGUGACCUAGCUUCGCAACGCCAGGUUUCCAGGGAAGAAGCCGAGAAACUGUCAACAGACUGUGGAAUGAAGUACAUAGAGACCUCAGCCAAGGACGCUACAAACGUUGAAGAGUCCUUUACAAUCCUGACAAGAGACAUAUAUGAGCUUAUUAAAAAAGGAGAGAUUUGUAUUCAGGAUGGAUGGGAAGGGGUUAAAAGUGGCUUCGUUCCAAAUACUGUGCAUUCUUCUGAGGAAGCAGUCAAGCCCAGAAAAGAGUGCUUCUGUUGACUUCAAUCUGCCGAAGAACUACCACAGACAGACCAUGCCACUCUGGAUAGAUGUCAACAUUCACAGCAGAAUGAUGCAGGGAGUGACGCCCUCAAACAUCCAGACCCGUUUCAUAAGCUGGUGGACACAACACUGUGUCUCACCACUUAUACCAACAGGCUGGGUAGUCUGCUAAGUUAGGAGGAAAGGAGACAACUUUUCUCUUGAAACCAGGGUCUACAAAAUUAUAUCCAUUCCCACUUUGUUAGCAUAUAGCUGACCUUAAUGUCCAGAUAUGUCAGUAUUAAUCAUCUUUCUUGACAGCUGAAAAUAGAUUUUUUUGUAUAUAUGUAAUUCCUAUGAAAAGAAUGUAUCAGGAUUUAUAUUCUCCUGGGUUAGCUAGUAUUGAAUACAAAGUGCACUUGAAGGGCCAAUGAGGUGACUCACUGGGUAAAGAAGCUUGCCACCAAAUCUAUAGACUUGAGCUUCAUCCCUGGAGCCCGUGUGGUAGAAGGAAAGAACCCACUUCCCUUGAAGUUGUCCCCAGACCACAUGCGCACUGUCAUACACAUGCACAUACAAAUACACAUGAGCAAGUACAGGCCCAUACACUAAAUAAUGUUGAAGAUAUGUACGGUCCAACCUGAAGGCUGUGCCUGUGGCUCAGUGAUAGAAUGUUCCUUUAGUUCUGAAAACCCAGAUCCAAUCCCCUGCAUCAAAACUAGAGCAGGAAAAAAGCAGAGUACUUAGAAGCCGUCUUAGAAAUACUGACUAGGACUAAAAUAUACAUUUUCUAUUCAAAGAAGCAGAGUUGCCAUUCUUGGAACAUAAUAAGUUUUAUAUUCCCCGUUUGUUCCUGGAUUUAUUGCUCCUGGAAUCUCCACAUUUGAUAAGAGAUGUGAAUGUUCAAAGGAGAUGCUUUAGGCAAAUAUUGUAAUGAAAGAAAAAGGAUCACUUUAUCAAAUACUUUGAUGUUAUAGUACAUUGUCCAAAUUUAACAAUGCAUAUAUACUGACAUUU